AUGGGCGGUGAUACUGGCUUCGAGUCUACCCCUGAUAGCGAGAAGAGCGUUCCCCGGCCCAUUGCCAUCAUUGGGUAUGCCUGCCGGCUGCCGGGGCAGGCUACGUCUCCCAGUGAACUGUGGGAGUUAUGUACUCGAGCUCGCAGUGGCUGGUCCCCCAUUCCCAAAGAUCGAUUUUCCCUUGAUGCGUUCCAUCAUCCCAAUCCCUCAAAAAUUGGCGCAUUCAAUCCGGUGGGAGGCUACUUCUUGGAUGAAGACAUUGCCCGGUUUGAUGCGCCUUUCUUCAAUGUGACCGUCCAAGAGGCGACGUCCAUGGAUCCUCAGCAGCGUCUGCUGUUGGAGUGCUCGUAUGAAGCUUUGGAGAGUGCUGGCAUUCCCAAAGAAAAUCUUGCGCGUCGGAACGUGGGCGUCUUCGCCGGUGGAAAUUUCGCUGAUUACGAGCUUAACAACAUGCGCGAUAUUGAGACCAUCCCUAUGCAUCAAGCUACUGGCUGUGCGCCCUCCCUACAAUCCAACCGCAUCUCAUACUUCUUCGAUCUACAAGGGCCCAGUAUCACAGUGGACACAGCUUGCUCUUCAUCUCUUGUGGCGCUUCAUUAUGCAGUACAGAGCCUGCGAAGUGGAGAGUCAAAGGAAGCUCUGGUUGCCGGAUGUCGCCUCAAUGUGGUUCCAGAUCUUUUCGUUUCUAUGUCUAUGUCACAACUAUUUAAUGACGAAGGUAAAACUUACUCCUUCGAUGAGAGAGCCACCUCCGGAUUUGCACGUGGUGAAGGUGCCGGUGUCGUUAUCCUCAAACCCCUUGAUGCAGCAAUGCGUGACCGCGACCCCAUUCGAGCAGUUAUUGCAAACUCUGGAGUCAAUCAAGACGGGCGAACAAAGGGGAUUACGUUACCCAAUGGUGAAGCUCAGGAGGAUCUGAUUCGACGUGUCUAUCAAGACGCCAACUUGAACCCGGAGGAAUGCGGCUUUGCUGAGAUGCACGGAACCGGAACAAAGGCUGGCGAUCCAAUUGAAGCUGCAGCAAUUUAUGCAGCUCUUGGAAAGGGACGAACUCCAAGAAACCCACUCUAUAUUGGAUCCGUCAAAUCCAAUAUCGGACACUUGGAGGGUGCAAGUGGUAUCGCUGCCAUUAUAAAGGGCGCGAUGAUGCUUGAUAGAGAUCUCAUGCUUCCAAAUGCCGAGUUCCGCAAGCCAAAUCCUAAUAUUCCCAUGGAUGAGUGGAAUAUGAAAGUUUUAACCACCACCCGGCCCUGGCCUUCUCGCAAGAAGUACUUGAGUGUUUCCAAUUACGGCUUCGGAGGAACGAAUGCUCACGUCGUUCUUGAGAAAGCACCUUUGGAAUCCAAAGCGCCAACGGAAGCAGUCGAAGAUUUUGAGGUGGACCCUAAGCGCAAGCUGUUCCUGGUCUCUGCGAACGACAAAGAGUCCCUACGCCAUAGGAUCAAAGACUUCGGGAUUUACUUUGAGCAGCACCCUGAAGUCUUUGAGAAAGCUCUCUUCGGCAAUUUCGCUUACACUCUUGGCAACAAGAUGUCCCAGCUUUCCUACCGCGUGGGAGUCUCAGCAACGUCACUGGAUGAGCUUGGAAUGCGGCUUGCUCAGCUGAAGAUUAAUCCAUUUUUGGUCCUCGGUACCCCAAUCUUGUCUUUUGUCUUCACCGGUCAAGGAGCACAAUGGGCACAGAUGGGUAUUCCACUCAUGCAUGAAUACCCUGUCUUUGCAUCUGCCAUCAUACGAGCCGAUGAAUGCCUUCGCGACCUUGGAGCGGAGUUCUCUCUACUCGGAGAGUUAGAGAAAGACAAUGCUACUUCCCAAAUUAACUCUCCGCAUCUGAGCCAGCCCGCUUGCACUGUGCUUCAAAUCGCACUUGUCGAUCUCUUGCGGUCUUGGGAUAUCCGGCCUUCUUCGGUGGUUGGUCACAGCUCUGGAGAGAUCAGUGCAGCCUAUGCCGCAGGAAUCUAUGAUUUGGAAGCAGCCGUUGCUCUGGCAUAUCGCCGAGGACAAAUGACGUCCCUGCUCAAGGACAGGUUCCCGACCUUGAAGGGUACUAUGAUUGCCAUCGGUGCUAGUCGCGAUGAUGUCCAGCCCGUGUUGAAAACACUUUCUGGAUAUGCCACUGUCGCUUGCGUGAACAGUCCUUCAAGUGUUACCGUCUCGGGAGAUGUGCAAGCCAUUGAUGACCUUGAACAGAUUUUGCAAGACAAGCAGAUCUUUAACCGGCGACUGAAGAUUGACGUCGCUUAUCAUUCUGAUCAUAUGAAGAAUGUUGCCGACUCAUACUUUACUGCUAUUCAGAAUAUCCAGCCUUCUGCAUCUUCUACAUCUGCAUUCUACUCUUCGGUCUUUGGUCGUCUCGCAGAGCCCUCUGAGCUCGGCCCGGCAUAUUGGGUUGCAAACCUGACCUCGCCAGUUUUGUUCCCCGAUGCUCUUGCCAAGAUAGUCUCGAUUGAUGAGACACGACCAAAUCUCCUGGUUGAGAUUGGCCCACACUCAGCUCUCAAGGGUCCUAUCAUGGAUACCUUGAAGAGCCUGGGUCCAAUUGCGUCAAAGAUCGGAUACACUCCCACCAUUCUCCGUAACGCGGACGCAGCUGAGUCAAUCCUCGAUACCGCUGGUGCUGCCUACAUGCGAGGUGUCAAUCUCAAUAUGACUGAGCUCAACUUCCCCAAGACUGGUGCUGUAAAUCGUUGGUUCCUGACCAAUUUGCCUCGCUACCCCUGGCAACAUGGUACCCGGUACUGGCAUGAUGCACGCAUUUCCCAAAAGCACAUCACAAGAGAUCGUGCCAGAAAUGAUAUUCUGGGCUUGUUGGCAAACUAUUCGAAUGACUUGGAGCCGACGUGGCGCAACAUUCUGCGCUUGGAUGAUAUUCCCUGGCUCCGGGAUCACCGAAUGCAGGGGAUUCCUGUCUUCCCCCUGGCUGGCUAUCUGGUCAUGGCCAUCGAAGCUGCCCGGCGCGGUGCAGAGCAACAUGAUAUCCUAUUCACUCACUUUGAGCUUCGAGAGGUGAUCGUUGGCUCUGCACUUUGUCUUGGCGAUGAUACAGACGCCGAACUCACCAUCACCCUUCGACCAUACACCGAAGGUACCCGUGGAGCCUCUGAUACCUGGAGUGAAUUCCGCGUGUGUUCUUGGAACUCAAAGAGAGCGUGGACUGAGCAUUGCACAGGUCUCAUUCGAACCUGUACGGCCCAGAAGCCACAAGCCGCAGCCAUUGGCAACUGUUCUCAUGCCCAAACUCGCUUCGUGGAGAAUCAAAUUGUCAAGGUCAAGGAAUCAGCUGUGAACCACACCGAUAUGCCUCACAUGUACCAAGCCCUCAGUGAUCUCGGUGCUGGAUACGGUCCUACCUUCCAGGAUCUUGAAAACUGCUAUGCCAGUGCCUGUUCCUCAUUGGCCGAUUUGGUUGUGCCUGACACGCGCAGCGUCAUGCCAAAGAAUUACGAGUCUCCUCUGACUGUUCAUCCGUCGUUCCUAGAUGCGCUGCUCCAUCUUGUUUGGCCGAUCCUUGGACAGGGUCAGGGUCGCAUGGAACUUGACACUUUGUACAUGCCAACUAUGAUUAAACAGCUUAGUGUUAGUCGCAAUCUCCCGACCACGGCUGGUGAAUAUGUCAAAGCCUACUGCAAUGGAAGUCCCAGUCUGCCAAAGCCUGAGCCGACUCGGUUUGACUUGUUUGCUACGCACGAGGGCUCGACAGAGCCAUUGAUCACCAUGGAGGGGCUUGUUAUGACUCCACUCAGAGACACCAAUACUCAUCGUGAGGUUGUGCGCAAGGUGUGCUACAAGAUUGACUGGCACUCGUUGGCUGAGAUCAAAAAUGCCAAGGAUGAGACCGAAGAAUCCGAUAGUGAAGUAGUUCCAAAUGGCAAUGGUCAUGUCAAUGGGGCAAAUAUCACAAACGGACAAACAAAAUUGACAGAGCCUGUGCAUUCAAACGGCGAUAUUGCUAAGCGACGUGAGGUCUUCGUUAGCCACUUCGGCAAGUCUGAUGACACCGCCGAUAAACUGAGCAAUAUGCUGUCCAAGACUGCGGGCUGGGAAGUUUCUGUGAAAGUUCUUGGUGAAACGGAUUUCGCCGAGAAGCAUCUUGUCCUGCUGCAGACUGGAACCAGCUCUCUCAGACACCUCACCGAAGAUGUGUUCGAGAAUCUCAAGAACGCCCUCCUGAAUGCUCGCUCCGUGCUUUGGGUCUAUCAAACAGGCUCUCCUGAUGCACAAAUGACAGUUGGUCUGACUCGUACCCUGCGCUCGGAGACUCUAUCCAAGAUUGCCACUCUUGGUAUCGAGCCUGAAGACCUCAAACCCCCUGAGGGCCCCAUUCUAGCAGCCAUUGAUUCUCUAUGGCCCACAGAUGGUAUCGAGCCUGUUGCAGACUUUGAGUUUAAGGCCAAGGGAUCAGAACUGUUCGUUCAGCGUAUAGUUGAAGACGAUGCUGCCAAUGCAUUUGUUCACAAUGAGACCCACGAUAUGACAAUUUCAGCUCAACCCUUCAUCCAACCUGGAAGACGAUUCAAGAUCCAAGUCGGCAGCCUGGGUGCACUAGACUCUCUCUACUGGGUGGAUGACAGCCCACCCCCAUUAGGUGAAAAUCAGAUUGAGCUUGAAGUCAAAGCAACCGGUCUGAACUUCAAGGACAUUGUUGUCACCAUGGGCCAGCUCUCACAGCCUUACAUCGGAAUCGAAUGCAGCGGCGUCAUAUCUAGCGUUGGUUCAAAUGUGAAGAACGUCAAAGUUGGCCAGAGAGUUAUGGCAUUGCCUGAAGGUGCUUUCUCGACCUAUGCACGGUGCCCUGCUACUAGCGUUGCGGAAAUCCCGGACACCAUGUCCUUCGAAGUCGCGGCUACAAUCCCAGUCGUGUUCUGUACUGCAUACUACUCGUUGUUUGACCUGGGUCAGCUGCAAUCAAGUGAAUGUAUCCUGAUCCACGCCGGUGCCGGUGGUGUUGGUCAAGCGGCAAUUAUGAUUGCUCAAAUGAUUGGUGCCGACAUCUUCGUUACCGUCGGUAGUCUUGAUAAGAAGCAAUUCUUGAUGACUCAAUAUGGAAUCCCCGAAAAUCGCAUCUUCUACAGCCGAGAUACAUCCUUUGCUCGUGGAAUCCAGAGAGCAACUGGCGGUACGGGUGUGGACGUUGUCAUCAAUUCCCUUGCCGGCGAUCUCCUUCGCGAGACUUGGGAAUGCCUCGCACCAUUUGGUCGGUUUAUCGAGAUUGGUAAAGCGGAUAUUACGAAGAACACUCGACUUGAUAUGCUGCCAUUUGAAAAUAACGUCACUUUUGCCUCAGUCGAUCUUACCAAGGUUGCCAAAUUCAGGCCACAGUUGAUGAAGCGCCUUAUGGGUGAUAUUUGUCGGCUGGUGCGCGAGAAAUCGGUUCACCCAAUCCUCCCGCUUUCGACUUAUCCGAUUUCCGAUAUUGAGAAGGCUUUCCGUGCUCUGCAGACUGGUAAGAGUAUGGGCAAGAUUGUUGUUGUCCCUCGGGAUGUUGAUCUUGUCAAGGCUGUCACACCAAAGACUAGUUCCAAUCUUCUAUGCUCUAAUGCAUCGUACAUCUUGAUUGGUGGUACGGGCGGCCUAGGUAGAAGCAUGGCCAAGUGGAUGGCCACCAAGGGCGCAAAAAGCAUUGUCCUUGUAUCCCGCCGUGCAGCUAUUAACGAAAAGGUGCAGUCUCUAAUUGAUAGCCUGGCUCCUCUGGGUGUACGGAUCAUCGUCAAGGCUUGCGAUGUCAGCAAUCCAGAGUCUGUCGAGGCUCUCGUCAAGGAAGAGAUGAAAGAUCUUCCCCCCGUGCGAGGUGUAAUUCAGGGUGCGAUGGUCCUACGUGACAUGCUAUUCGAGAACAUGUCCCUGGACGACUUUACAGCGGUAGUUUCCAGCAAGGUAGAAGGAACGUGGAAUCUCCACAACACUCUAAUCGACUCUCCGCUCGAUUUCUUCAUCGCACUUUCAUCUGUGGCCGGCAUAGUCGGUAACCGCGGACAGGCCGCAUACUCCGCAGCAAACGUCUUCCUAGAUGGGUUCAUGGAAUACCGCCAAUCCCUCGGUCUACCAGGAACAUCAAUUGAUCUCGCCGCAGUCAGCGAUGUUGGCUACCUAGCAGACAGUAAUUCUCAACGGCGUCAGGAGGUCCUGAAAAACAUCGGCAGCCAGACCAUUGAUGAAUCCGAGGUCCUGGCACUCAUUGCGGCAGCCUUAACAGGCGAUCUAAACCAGUCCUGCGUCGGGCAGUGCAUCACAGGACUGGCAUUGGACUCCCUGGAUAAUAACUUCUGGAUCCAGGAUGCCAAGUUUAGCGUGCUUUACGAAGCCGCUAAGGGCCAGUCUGGGAGCAGCUCCCAGCGGGAUGGGCCGUCUGUCCCACUGCAGGUAACUCUGCAGGCUGCGUCUUCUCACGAGGAGGCUUUGCUUAUGUGCUAUGAAGCGCUGGCCGCUAAAUUGGCGCAGGUACUUGUCAUCUCCUCGGAGGAUAUGGAUCCUUCGAUUACCGUGGCUUCGUUGGGUCUUGAUUCGCUGGUGGCGAUUGAGAUUCGGAACUGGAUUGCUCGUGAGGCCAAUGCUAACGUGCAAGUCCUGGAGCUCUUGUCUAGUGGGACCUUGAUGGCCUUGGCGGAGAUUAUUUUGAAUAAGUCUCAGGCUUAUACCUCUUCUUGA